GAAAGCAUAGCAACUGAUCAUCAGGAAUCCCUUCCUAUAUCUCCCUCGUAAAUCCUUCUUCCCGCAUGUGCUUGCUCUUACUGUGAGCACUUACAGCACAUAUAUAUCCAGCUGAUAUAGAAAAGCUUUCGGAGGCAGCUGAGAGUGCCAGAAAUUGACAGAAGGGAGGAUAUGACGAUGGGUGAGAACACAUCCGCAAAGAACCAACUCCCUCACCAGGUUUUCAGCGUCUCAAUUGACACCAAUCCACAGAGUGGCUCCAAGUGGUUUGAUGAUGAUGGCCGCCCCAAACGAACUGGAACUGUGUGGACUGCAAGUGCUCACAUCAUAACAGCUGUUAUUGGGUCCGGAGUUCUCUCCUUGGCUUGGGCUAUUGGUCAGCUUGGAUGGAUUGCUGGGCCAGCUGUGAUGCUUUUGUUCUCGCUUGUCACUUACUAUACUUCUAUUCUGCUCUCUGCCUGCUACCGCUCUGGUGAUCCUGUCAAUGGCAAGAGGAACUACACCUACAUGGAUGCUGUUCGGGCCAACCUUGGUGGAGGAAAGGUCAAAAUAUGUGGAUUUGUGCAGUAUGUGAACCUUUUUGGUGUUGCCAUUGGCUACACAAUUGCAUCUUCUAUAAGCAUGAUGGCAAUAAAGAGGUCUAAUUGCUUCCACCAGAGUGCUGGAAAAGAUCCAUGCCACAUGAAUGCCUAUCCAUAUAUGAUAGCUUUUGGCAUAGCUGAGAUACUUUUGUCUCAGAUUCCUGGAUUUGAUCAGCUACACUGGCUCUCUUUUGUCGCUGCAGUCAUGUCCUUCACUUAUUCGUCAAUUGGUCUAGGACUCGGCAUUGGUAAAGUUGUAGAAAAUAAAAGAGUCAUGGGAAGUCUCACUGGAAUAAGCAUUGGCACUGUGACACAGACCCAAAAGAUAUGGAGGAGCUUUCAAGCACUUGGUGACAUCGCUUUUGCCUAUUCUUACUCCAUGAUCCUCGUUGAAAUUCAGGACACAGUCAAAGCCCCACCUACAGAAGCCAAGACGAUGAAGAAAGCAACUCUAAUAAGUGUUGCAGUCACAACCCUUUUCUACAUGUUCUGUGGUUGCUUUGGAUAUGCUGCUUUUGGAGACCUAUCCCCUGGCAACCUCCUCACUGGAUUUGGCUUUUACAAUCCAUAUUGGCUACUUGACAUUGCCAAUGCUGCUAUUGUAAUCCACCUUGUAGGUGCAUACCAAGUUUACUGCCAACCCCUCUUUGCCUUUGUUGAAAAAGAAGCAGCCCGAAGAUUCCCAGAUAGUGACUUCGUUACCAAAGAUAUCAAAAUCUCAAUCCCUGGUCUCGGUCCAUACAAUCUCAACCUCUUCAGAAUGAUUUGGAGGACACUCUUUGUGGUUACAACCACUGUGAUUUCAAUGCUCCUUCCCUUCUUUAACGACAUAGUUGGCCUCCUUGGGGCUUUGGGAUUUUGGCCAUUGACCGUUUACUUCCCUGUUGAGAUGUAUAUUUCACAGAAGAAGAUAUCAAAAUGGAGCACAAGAUGGCUUUGCCUCCAAAUCCUAAGUGUUGCUUGCCUGAUUAUUACCAUAGCUGCUGCUGCUGGUUCUAUUGCUGGAGUUCUUGAUGAUGUCAAGACUAUCAAGCCCUUCCAGACCAGUUAUUAGAUUAUCUGAAUUUCAUCAGUAUCACCAUUGAUGAACACAUAUCUCAAGAAAGACAAGCAACCAACCUAGUAAUCUAGGAUUUUAGUCCCUUUUCAUGUUCAUAUAAUUCCCGAGGUGAUGAUCAUGUUAAUUGAUCGUCUUAUUUCAAUGUAAUUUUCUGGUUUAUCUGAACAGUAUAAAAAAAAAAGGUGGGGGCCAUGCAUGUAAUGUAAGUGUACUGUAAACAUGUGUCCCUGAUUAUCUAUCCUCCCAGCACUGUAACUUUUCAAUGCCAACUGAAAGAAUUUCUGCAAA